AACUUCAAGGCAUUUAUGGUGUUUACCUCUUUACCUCAUCAGGCCAGUGUUUUCAGUAUUUUCUUGUUCUAUGUKUUGAAGGUAACAGCAGAAGUUGGAAGACUUCUUGGUGAGGAAAAGGUGGAUGCAAUCUUGUGUGUAGCUGGAGGAUGGGCUGGAGGCAGCGCCAAAGCAAAGUCUUUAUACAAAAACUGUGAUCUGAUGUGGAAGCAGAGUGUUUGGACAUCGACUAUUUCCAGCCAUCUYGCCACAAAACAUCUGAAAGAAGGUGGCCUCUUGACUCUGACAGGAGCUCAAGCUGCCUUAUCUGGAACCCCAGGGAUGAUUGCCUAUGGCAUGGCCAAAGGAGCAGUGCAUCAGCUCUGUCAGAGUUUGGCUGGUGCCAGCAGUGGCCUGCCAUCUGGUUCUGCUGCAGUUGCCAUUUUACCGGUUACCUUGGAUACACCAGCAAAUAGGAAAUCAAUGCCUGAUGCAGAUUUCAGCUCCUGGACACCCUUAGAAUUCAUUGCAGAAACCUUUUAUGACUGGAUAACAGGAAAGAAUCGACCAAGCUCUGGGAGUCUAAUCCAGGUGAUAACUACAGGAGGGAAGACUGAACUAGUUUCAGCAGCACAUCUUUGAUGUCAGUCACUUAGAGUGAUGAAAUUUCAACAAAGGAGAAGCUGUGGGAAAUCUGUCUGCCAGUAUAAUUUGGAUGGUCUUCUGUAUCCAGUGUUUGUAGUUAUUCCAUUAAUGGAACCAGAUUUCAAGUAAUAUUGCUGUGCUGUCACUUGUGAGCUCUCAGCAUUUGUUUACCAAAUAAUGUCAACUUGUCUCUAAAUGAAAGUUGCAGGCUUUAAGAUCUGUAGAUGUCCUAAUUCUGAGCAUUGUAUGGUAACUUACCUGUUCUCUGUGAAGGAGGAAUUGUGCUUAACUAUGUCAUGUGAUUGCACACAUAAUGGUUGGAUUUCUUUGUCAGUAAGUGUUUCUGGCAACUUACUGUGAAUCUUUCAGUAUUCUGUCUUUUUCUGUCUGAGAAURUAACCCCACCCUGCAUAUUAUGUUGGCUGAAGCCAUAGGAAACAUGGUGGUCAUAUAUAUCAUAUCCUAGUCAUGUAACACUUUUCUUGUGAAUGUUCCACUUGACUUAAUGAAACUGAAUACAGAUUACUCACUUGAGAUGAAAUUCCUAAUUUGCCUUAYGGUUCAURAGCUGCUCUCAGGCCUACAGCUGUAGGAUAAAAUAGUCAUUCUGUCAAAUGAUUAGUAUGUCUUUCUCUUAGUCCUGAUGGUUCUUGACUUUUUCAAAAAGCAAAGUAUCGUAAAGUAGUAGAAAAAGCAUACAUGUACUUCUAUUUGAAAAURGAACUUUUUGUGAUAAAUAAAUAUAUAUUGUUUUAUGUA